UGUCGACAUCUAUAUUUUCCUUAUUUUAUUUUUUUCACCUUUUCUCUUUUUCAUGCCGAUGUUUCUUUUACUGUGUUCACGCUGAACAGCCUAUGAUCAAGGAUCUUCUCCGCAUCGGGUCCCAAUUUAUUGGGUACCGUGAAUAUGCCGCCAGAGCCGAAGAAAAACUCUCAGAGGCCAACGAACGUGUCGACGCACUUGCUCAAAAACUCGAGCAAAGUGAGGCGGCUCGCAAGAAAGCUGAACUUGCUGCUAGCAAAGCCAAGGCCGAGGUUGAUGAAGCCAAGGUGAAAGCUGCUAGUGUCGAGGAACUGCAGAGAAGGCUCAAAGAUGCCGAAUCUGCCUUAGAUGAGCAGAAAACUGCACAAACUGUGCGUGAACAAGAGAUCAUCAAGCGUCUGAAGUCGCAAAGUCGACCCCAAACAAACCAAGAUUUUGAUCUGGAGAAUCCCGUCAAUGACCCUCUCCUUGAUGCACUUUCUCUUCUGGAGUUCCAUGGGCGCGAAAUUCGUGAAGGCGUGGCCAAUGCCAAUGCGAGUUUGUCGGCGUUGUUCCCCUACUUCUUCCCGAAGAAAGAGGAACCUUCGACUUUCCUUGCCCUUGCCAAGCUUUUCAAUUCGUCGGAAGACCUGGGAUUGAAGAUGCGUCAGGAGAAUAUGAAGAGCGAUCAAGAUGGAGGUCGCUGA